AACAUUUUUCUUUUAAAUAAGGGCUUACUUUUAUUUUCACAUUGAUUUUUGAAUAUGUAAUAUGUUCAUUAUAGAUCUGAUGGAAGUGAAAGACGGACGUCAAGACCUGAAUUACCUGAAAGACCUGGAGGAGAAACAUCAUAACGUCAGAACAGAAGAAAACUUCUCCCAGAUGGAAAAUAAUUUCUCACAAAACAGAGCUCAAAGAGCAAAGGCUAAAAAGUCUUUCACCUGCCCUCAUUGUGGAAAAAGUUUCAUGCAAAAAGGAGGCUUUGAAAGACACCUAAGAAUUCAUACUGGAGAGAAGCCUCACACAUGUCAUCAGUGUGGACAGACUUUUGCACGUAAAGACAGCCUAAGUAUACACGUAAGAAUGCACACUGGAGAGGGGCCUCUCAAAUGCCAUCAGUGUGGAAAGAGUUUCACGUGUAAAGAGAGUCUUAAUAAACACUUAAAAAUACAUUCUGGAGAGGAGCGUUUCACAUGCCCUCAGUGUGGAAAGAGAUUUGCACGUUCAUACAGUCUCACUUUCCAUCUGCGCUGUCACUCUGGUGACAAGCCAUUCAGCUGUGAUCAGUGUGGUAAAACAUUUGUUUCUGCUUCAGUUCUAAAAGACCACCUGAAAGUUCAUACAAAAGAAAAGCCUUACUUGUGUUCUUUGUGUGGAAAGAGUUUUUCAUGGCGGAGCAAUUUUAAAGUGCACCAGAAAGCACAUACUGGUGUGAAAGAUCAUGUGUGCUCUGAGUGUGGGAAGAGAUUCACUAGAUCCACACAACUGAAAUACCACCAAAGAGUUCAUACUGGAGAGAAACCUUACAAGUGCUCACAUUGUGACAAGUGCUUCACUGAGUUACAAUACCUGAAAGCACAUGAGAGAGGGCAUACUGGAGAGAAACCAUUUCACUGCCGUCUAUGUGGGAGGAGUUUUACCCGAUCAAAUUCUUUACUCACUCAUGUGAAAAAUAGUUGUCCAAAGAUGACAGUGUGACCACAGUUCAUUAGGUUUAACAAGUAAAAAGUGUGAGAUUCUGAUUAAGUCACAACCGUCUAGUGCAUGGAUUUUCAAAGUGGAAAAAGAUACGUUUGACGGAAUAGUGAAGAAGUGUUUGAUUUGGGAAGCACCUGCAGUAUUAGCUCUAAAAAUUUUGUGUAUUUAAGUUUUGUAGUGAUGCUUUUCCUUUAAGUUGGGGAUUAGACAAAUUGAGUGGAGUAAAUUUACCCAGUUUUGUACAUUUUUCUUUUGAAAAAUAACUUUUAGCUUUUACGUUUUCAGAGCUGUUUUUAGCGUGUUGCUGCAUGAUUGCGAAGGUGUUCUGGGUGGUUACUCCCAGUAAUUUAAAAGAGCCCAUCCUUAAAGGAAUAGUUCACCCAAAAAUAAUUCUCUCAUCAUUUAUGCCAUCUCAAACUCGUUUGACUUUCUAUUUUUCUGCGGAACACAAAUAAGGAUUUUUUUGAUUGGUAUUUGAUAUGUGUUUGUCAAUAAAAUGCAAGUCAAACUUUUUUUUGGGGGGUGUGGUGGGGGGAUUUUCUCCCAUUUAUCUCCCAAUCUGGAAUGCCCAAUUCCCAAUGUGCUUUUUAAGUCCUUGUGGUCAUGU